UUUUGUCCACACGACGCUGUCAGUGUGCGGGGAGACAGAGAGCGGACGCGGCUCGCCUCGCCUCGCCUGUCUAGCUCAUUGUUUUUACCUGAAAUACUAAGCAAGAGUAGCAGCGUUCUUUGGACGGAGCCGAUGCGUUCCCCAGCCGGACCGCUUGCUUGUUUGUAAGCGCGACCUUGUUGCUAGAGAGACGAGACGGUCUUGGCAAGAGGACAAUAGCGAUCAUCUGCAGGCUGGAGGUUCGCCGUCAGCGCACCUUGUUACUAGAAGCAGGGUCUCUAACUGGCUGUCAGGCAGCAGGAUUCGCGUUCUGCCGUUUAUCCUCUUUGCUUGGUUCGAAGUCGCCAUGCCCGGGUACGACUAUAAGUUCCUGGAGAAGCCCAAGAGGCGCUUUCAGUGCCCGCUGUGCAGCAAAGCCAUGAGGGAACCGGUGCAGGUCUCGACGUGCGGCCACAGGUUCUGCGACACCUGCCUCCAGGAGUUCCUCAGUGAGGGGGUGUUCAAGUGCCCAGAGGACCAGCUCCCCCUGGACUAUGCCAAGAUCUACCCUGACCCCGAGCUAGAGCAGCAGAUCCUGGCUCUAGCUAUCCGCUGCAUCCACAGUGAGGAAGGCUGCCGCUGGACCGGCCAAAUGAAGCAGCUGCAGAGUCAUUUCUCUACCUGUGCAUUCAAUGUGAUCCCAUGCCCUAACCGCUGCAGCGUCAAGCUGACACGUCGUGACCUGCCAGAGCACCUGCAGCAUGACUGCCCCAAACGCAAGGUCAAGUGUGAGUUCUGUGGCAGCGAGUUCACCGGCGAGGCCUUUGAGAAUCACCAGGGCAUUUGUCCCCAGGAGAGUGUGUACUGCGAGAACAAGUGUGGAGCGAGGAUGAUGAGGAGACUCCUGGCCCAGCACACCAUGGCUGAGUGUCCCAAACGCACACAGCCAUGCAAGUACUGUGGUAAAGAGUUUGUCUACGACACCAUCCAGAAUCAUCAAUACCACUGCCCACGUUUCCCAGUUCAGUGCCCAAACCAAUGUGGUGCCCCCAACAUUGCCCGUGAAGAUCUCGCAACCCAUGUGAAGGAAAGCUGUGGCAGUGCAUUAGUGCUCUGUCCAUUUAAAGAAGCUGGAUGCAAGCAUCGAUGCCCAAAGCUGGUGAUUGGCCGACAUCUGGAGGAAACCACCAAGUCCCACCUAACCAUGAUGUGCAACCUGGUAGGCCGUCAACGACAAGAGAUCGCAGAGCUUCGGCGUGAUCUAGAGGAGUUGUCAGUGAGCCAUGAUGGUGUACUCAUCUGGAAGUUAAGUGACUACUCACGCAAGUUGCAGGAGGCCAAAAUGCACAGCAACCACGAGUUCUUCAGUCCACCCUUCUACACACAUCGCUAUGGUUACAAGCUGCAGGCAUCUGCUUUCCUCAAUGGCAACGGUAGUGGUGAAGGGUCACAUCUCUCUGUCUAUAUCCGUGUACUGCCUGGUGAAUAUGACAACCUUCUUGAGUGGCCCUUUUCCUACAAGGUCACUUUCUCCAUUCUGGACCAGAGUGAUCCAUCACUCUCCAAACCACAGCACAUCACUGAGACUUUCAACCCAGAUCCAAACUGGAAGAACUUCCAGAAACCCAGCAGCAGCCGCAGUUCACUGGACGAAAGUGCAUUAGGCUUUGGCUACCCCAAGUUCGUCUCGCACGAGGAGAUCCGCAAGAGGAACUACAUCCGUGACAAUGCCAUCUUCCUCAAGGCCUCCAUUGAGAUCCCACAAAAGAUCAUGGCUUGAAAGCUUGAAAUCUUGGACCAACAUAUUGACUUCAUGUGAAGACCCAUUGUCCCUCCACCUGAUGUCUGCCUUCAGGAACUCCACAAAAAUGAUUGAGUUCCUCUGUCUAACCUGUUGGCUAGCCCAUGGUGAAGCAGAGGAAAGUUAAUGUUUUGCUCCACAAAACCAGCAUGUUAUUUGUUUUUAUAGGUUUGGUUUUCGGUGCUUUUCCUUGCAACACAAGCCUCUGGACUUUAAACAGUGCCUAGACAUUUUCAGUUAAAGUUCUGUUUUAAAAAAAAAAGUGAUUUUAAAACACCUUAUAGUGUGGUGUAAAAGGUUCUAUGUAGCCUUUGCACUUUGAGAAUGUUUUGAAUGCUAUGUGGGGAAACAAGGCACCACUGUUCUAAAUACACAGCAGGUGACAAAACGUGGGGUCUGGGCGAGGAAUUCAGUGUACACACUCAAGCUUGCCUUUUGUUUACACACUCUUUCCCAGUGAUGGUCCUUCAACAGAAACUCAGCAGCAGGGUCAGUGGCACACAGUUUUCUCGUUUACUUAGUUUGAAAUUAACUAACAGCAGCUGUGAUGUGAACAUGCCUCACUUGGUCACCGCUGUUCAUUUGAGGUCUUUCCAGACUCCGCUUUUAGUUUAGCACAUCGUGCCAGAGUGUAAAGGUGAAUUUUACUGUUAUAAGAAUGUUCUGGCAUUUUGAUGAGCACUCUGCCUUCUUAAGUCUAAGGAGAAUGCAAUCAUGGGAGAACAUGUUUACAUGCUACAGGUCUAUGUGUUGGAAGACACUAAAAAGCAGUGUACAAAAAGCAGAAGCUAGCAGUGAGUACUUCACAUUGCAUACCACAUACUAUGUAGUGUAACCUGCAUUUAUGAAACCUCUGAGUGUUUUUUGCAAAAAGUUGACUAUCACGUGAAAACAGAAUUCUUUUGUGUGAAUGAAAUGUGACAAAAAAUGGUUGCUAACGUGUUCUAAAUCUGGAGAUGAGACCUCUAGACUUUCUACCCGUCUCUUUGUCUUACUCUGCUGGUCACUGGCAGCUGAGAGAGAGUACAAGAGACUCCAAAUGUAUGUUGGUGCCUCAAAUGGAUGGGCGCUCCAUUUUGCCAUUGCAGUUUGCUGACUUGAAAAAGUGCACCUCCAAAUGUCUGAGGAAAAUGAGCUUUGUGCAAUAUGGCAGCCAGUUCUCAGACUGCAGACCAGAAGGGCUUGGUCCAUAAUAUGUGAAUACUAACAAAAGAUAUACAGAUGCACAUCGCUUUCUCAUGUUCCUACUCUUCAUGAAAAGUCCUGAUUAUACCACACUGUUAUACCAGCUAAUGUUGUCAAAAAUAACAUUAAGAACAUGUGGGGAAAAGUUUUUGCAAGAUUCUGUAUUUUACAAUGUAUUUCAAAACAUUUUAUACAACACUUGGAGUGAUUUAAAAAACACACACACACACACAAAGAGCCGUUAUUGGACAUUUUUUGACCCAUUUUUAGUUUGUCUCUCUCUGAAAUUUGCUCUGUUGCUUUUGGUCUGCAUUGAGGUUUUGUUUGUUUUUUGUUUUUAAAUUGUUGUGUAUUCUGUCUGUACUAUAAGUUCUUAAAUGGUAUUUAUUUUAAGCCAUUGCAUAGGCUCGAUAUGCACACUGGUGCAAAUGGUUUUUAUAUGUUAAUGAUUGCUUGUCAUUUUCCCCUUGAAUUAAAACAAUGACUGUA